AUGGCAACUCAGAAGGCUUUAGUCAUUGUUGGAACGAAUAGAGCAGAGGUUAUCACAAAUCGCCCUCUGCCUACUCUUCCCGAUGAUUGUAUCCUUGUGAAAACCGUCGCUGUCGCGCUGAACCCUGCAGACUGGAAGCUUCUCAGUCACUCUCCGCCUGUAGGAGCGUUGCUGGGAUGCGAUUACUCCGGCACUGUUCAACAGAUUGGCAAAACAGUGACGAAGGCUUUCAAAAUUGGAGAUCGGGUUUUCGGAUACGGCCGUGGAGCCAACAACGAUCGACUGGAGGAUGGGACAUUUGCUGAAUAUAUCAUUGUGAAAGGCGACCUACAAUUUCACAUCCCCGACCAUCUCAUAUUUGAAGAGGCCGCCACCAUGGGCGUUGCUCUUUAUACUGCAGGCCAAGGCUUGAUCCAAAAUCUUGGCCUCCCUUUCAUCAACGAGCAAUCCAAUGAAGCGACUUCUAUCCUCAUUUAUGGUGGAUCAUCCGCGACUGGCGCAAUGGGCAUCCAACUGGCUAGGAUUUGCGGCUAUACCCCCCUCGCCACCUGUUCGAAACACAACUUCGAUUACGUUUUAUCUCUUGGGGCAGCAGCUGUGUUCGACUACAAGGACCCCGAAUGUGGAAUGAAGAUUCGAGAACACACGAAAGAUUCUCUGACGCUCGCUUGGGAUACAAUCUCAGAAGAUUCCAGUGCACUGAUUUGUGCUAGAGCUUUAUCCUCUUCUGGUGGGCGAUACGGCUCCCUUGGGCCAUCGAAGUGUCCGCGCAAUGAUGUGCAGUCCAACAUGACCAUUGGAACUACGCUAUUUGGAGAAGAACUGCAUUUCGGAGACUUUAGAAUCCCCGCUAUGCCAGACCAUCUCGCAUUUGCUAAGAAGUUCGCUGUUUGCUGUGGGGAUUUAUUGGCCGAGAAGAAAAUCAAGCCUCUUGUUCCUCAGGUUAUGAAUGGUGGGUUGAGAGACGUAGCACAAGGCUUAGAAAUCUUGCGCGCAAAGCAAAUCAGCGCCCAAAAGCUUGUUUAUCGGGUUGCAGAGACCGCAUAG